UUAUUUGAUUGAUAUUUCUAUCUUCCUUAAUGCUCAUGUUCUUUCUUUCUCGCUGUUCCUUUUUUCUUCCUCCAUUCACACCUGAACCUCUCUGACCACAAACCCUUCUUCUCCGGCGAUGUCUUUGCUGCCUCCGGAAACAUCUCAGCCUGGCAACUCCACGGCUCCUCCUCCGCCUCCUGUCACCACCAAUGACACCUCUCCUCCAGCUCCGAGUAAUUCCAUGUCACCUACCGCCACUCCGUCGGCGCCACCUCCUCCGGGCGCGCCUCAGACGCCGGCGGCGGACUCAGACGGACUGUCCAACGCUGCAAUAGCCGGACUAGUUGUCGGAACUGUGUUUGGCUCGCUGCUUAUGCUCGCUUGUGUGGGCAUUUGUGCUUUUUUCUAUAAAAGAAGAAAGCGGAGGAGGAUGAGCAAAUAUGGGAUGAACGAUCACUCUGCUGCUCCUCCAUCCCAACCCAAAGCUGAUCAGUUUGGUGGUCCGCCCCAGCAAUGGCAGCAUAGCAUUCCUCCUCCAACCGAUGGUGGAGCGACAUUGCCUCCCAAGCCAAGUCCAUCCCCUGGAGUUCUGUUGAAUCAGCAAGCAUCUCCUCCUAUAUAUUCUGCAAGUGGCACAAGUCUGGAAUCUGAGAGGCCAUACCAUGCACCAUCGCCUGCCAUUGCCUUUGGACUCUCACAAAUCUCGUUUACAUAUGAAGAACUUGCGUUGGCAACAAAUGGAUUCUCAGACUCAAAUCUUCUUGGUCAAGGUGGGUUUGGCUAUGUCCAUAAAGGAGUUCUCCGAAAUGGGAAAACUGUUGCAAUUAAGCAGCUGAAAUCUGGAAGCAGACAGGGGGAGCGUGAGUUCCAGGCUGAAGUGGAGAUCAUUAGUCGAGUCCAUCACAGACAUCUUGUUUCCUUAGUUGGAUACUGCAUUGCUGGAGUCCAGAGGAUGCUUGUAUAUGAGUUUGUCCCAAACAAUACACUAGAAUUCCAUUUACAUGGAAAAGAUAGAGCAACAAUGGACUGGGCAACAAGGAUAAAAAUUGCUAUUGGAUCUGCAAAGGGAUUGGCUUAUCUGCAUGAGGACUGUCACCCAAAAAUCAUACAUCGUGACAUCAAGGCAUCAAACAUUCUUCUUGAUGACAAGUUUGAGGCGAAGGUUGCAGAUUUUGGACUUGCCAAAUUUUCAUCAGAUGCCGAGACCCACGUCUCCACUCGAGUAAUGGGAACCUUUGGAUACCUGGCUCCAGAAUAUGCUGCCAGUGGGAAGCUCACUGAGAAGUCAGAUGUCUUCUCCUUUGGUGUUGUACUUUUGGAGUUGAUUACAGGGCGAAGACCUGUUGAUAAAACUCAGUCUUUUACAGAUGACAGUAUGGUUGAGUGGGCAAGGCCUUUGCUUUCUCAAGCUAUGGAAAAUGGCAACUUCGAUGCUCUUGCUGAUCCAAGGUUGCAGAAUAGUUACAACUCUGAGGAGAUGCUUCGAAUGAUUGCCUGCGCUGCAAAUUGUGUGCGCUAUUCAGCUAGGCAUCGGCCUCGAAUGAGCCAGGUAGUUCGGGCUCUAGAAGGCAAUAUUUCUUUGGAUGAUCUGAAUGAGGGGAGCACAUCUGGGCACAGCAGAGCACUUAGUUCCUUCGAAAGUUCAGGUUAUGAUACUGGCCAAUACAAUGAGGACCUAAAGAAGUUCAGGAAGCUGGCACUAGAGCAAGAAACUAGUGAAUACAGUGGCCCCAGUAGCGAUUAUGGUCAGCAACGGUCUGCCUCAAGCAGUUCAGGCCCGCAAAAUACGCAGGAGAAAUAAUGGGGAAUGUGGAACUGGAGAUUCGCUGAGUUUCGGUGGAAGCCUUUGAGUCUUUGGCUGAUAAUUAUUACGAGUUGAGGGAGGAGGAUUGGCACUUCAUUUGUUGAAAAAUGAACACCUGAGUCGUUGGUAAAUAUAAUUUGUCGGUAGAUUUUGCAGGUUCAGCGUACAAAUUGGUCUGUUCGUUGAUUUCAACAACUUAAUUUUUCCCUCAGAAGUAAGAUUCUGUUGAGCAAUGUAAUUGAAAUGAGUGUAAGCUGGUUUCACCCUGGAAGCAGACAUCUGCUGAACAAAAGAAAGCCGCAACAUUGAGUUUUGAGACGAAGGGGUGGAUCUGAAUUUGUUUGGUUUCCUUUGUAAGGAUGCAUUAUACAGUUAGAUUGCUGGCAUUGAUUUUUCUUGUAUUUAUAGUAAUGUUAAUAUUAUGAGUAAUGGUGUUUACACGUUCAAGAUACUACUAGUCUGCUCUGCCCGUUACUUUUUAUCGAAUUUAUACAUUUAUGGAAUUGCCGACUCAUGACGUUAUCAUUCCAUGUUAUUGGAAACUGAGAUAAAUUAUUGGUUA